UUGGUUAACUUUGUUUUAUUGUUAUUUCUAACUGCAACUUUACACAUAAUGAAGCGUCAAUUACGAGGCAGCUUCAGGUCGAACGCGGAGGUUUUGUCGGAUGUGGACACGUCGAGUAUGAGCGGUAAGCUCGAAUACCUGGAAAAGUAUUCGGUAGCACCUUCGCCAAGCAGAGAUUAUUACGGAUUGAGAGUGGUCAACGACCAGGUGACACUCUAUCAUUGGCGAAUCUCGCACGGUCCUCACAAAACACCCAUCGUACGAACCUCCAGUUUCGUUGAUUUCAAGCAAGAUCAUCCGCUGCAAGAGGAAAUUCGACGUAUUUUUGGUGAAUAUUUGCUGAAACACAUAAGAAACAUCACUUCCGGGAAAAAUACGUUACUAACAUUACCAAGGUGUCUAAUUAACAAAUUAAUCAAAUAUCUCACUGUGCAGGACGUUAUCAUAUUAAGAUCUCUAUCACGUGUCUCUAAAGAAAUUUUCGAUGACAAUCACGUGUGGGAAACGCUGUACAAAAAAUAUAGUCCAAUAACGAGGAAUAAGUACGACGAAUUGCGUAUCACGUGCAAUUGGAAACAAUUAUUCCAAUUGGCAAAAAUUCAGGAAUUAACUUACGAUCAAAAAAUGUUUCGAGCUCGUGGAAAUGCAAAACAGAAGUCAAUGAAUCCGAAAACCGACAGUUUAACAAGAGGAAAUCUAAAGCCAGAGAACUUGGCGAAAGCGACCUCAAAGAUCGAGAAUUCCAUGAAACUCUCCGGCUCGAGUUCUAAAAUAGCAUCAAAAAUCGUCCCGCCAGAAAAUCAGUUUACAAAAAAACCGGCAGAAAUCCCUCGUAAAAAGAACACGCAGAAUGCUAUUUCGGGAAAAUUGUCCGAUAAUCGUCUGAACGAAACGACGAUCGACAGGGAGAAGAUCGUUUCAGAGAAGAAAACUUCCGCCAUUAAAUCGUUGCAAAUAGCCGGGCAGAAAAAUAUAAAAGCAAUGAAAGACCAUACGGUCGCAAUUAAAACCGAUACCAGAGACCCGAUUGCUAACAAAGUUACCGAAACAAAGUCAAACAAACCUCAGAAUAAAAUGAAAAGGAUUGACGUUAAGGCCAGUAACGUAAGCCUAAGAACUGCAGAAGAUAAAUCGAGUAACGUCAAGUCUAAGAACUCAGCAACUCCAAAGGUAAACAAAACUGAGAAAGCAACGCGUUCGAUUCAGAGUGAUCAGGCGAAACCGAAACCAAAAGGCAAGACGAAGAAAAUCGGUCACAGUAAGUCGACGAUCUUGAACACGAGCACCGAUCUUCUGAACGAUCAUUCGCCAAUUAAGGACGACAGCUUCGAUCUGGCGGAUUUAAUCCAGGCUAGCUUGAAAAACAUUCGUAGCCCGAGAAGUAUAUUCGACUAUAGCUUCAGCUGCAUCGAGAAAACGAAGUCUUGCGCCGGUGACACGACCAUGUUGCAAGAGAUCAGUCGCAAGAUGGCCGAUCAUCCGAGAGCUUUGAAGAGCGGCCACGCGAAGGCGACUCUUGACCGAUUGUCCGAAAAAUCGGAGCCUCUCACCGCGAAAUCGAUAGAUUCCGGCAACAAGAGCGAACUGUCCCACGGAUCUCUCACGCCCAAGUAUUUGAAGUUGUUGAACAGUGAAUUGAAGAAAUCGACAGAGUUGAACAAGAAUCGUAACGUCGCGAUACCAGAGGAGAAAAUAGAUCACAGUGAAAGAUACGGAGCCUAUAAUAAAUAUCCAUCACCAAGGAUACUGGACAAGGAACUGAAGAAAUCAACUCCUCAAAAGGAGAUUGAUAAGAUGAGUAUGUUGCGUGCACUAGGAACGAGGAAUUUACAUGGUAAAAAUGUUGUAUCUAAUUCAAUGGAUGAGAUAAAUCGGUAUGAAUUGAAGAAGACUGUCAAUAACGUGUAUAAGUAUUGACAUGUGCUCGUUCCAUUUAUGUUACUGUGGAGAGUAUUUUUUUUUUAAAUUGUAAAGACUGCACUUGUAUAUGUUUGACGAAAUAAAUAUUAACGAUCGCCGUGCAUGUGGAAGAAACAUUAUACACGCGAUACGGUAAUGUUGAGUAUUUUAAAAUGAAGAAAAUUUUUAAAGUUUCUGUUAUUCUCGGCGAUACUCAGCCCUAGAUCUGUUACUAUGAACGUAAGUAUA